UCGCUCUUGGAUCCGGGCUCGGCUUUUUUAAUGCUCCACCUGUAACGUUCAGUCCUCAUCUAAAUCCUGCAGGGAGUGAUUAUCUGACAGUACAGGGGCCGUAUUCCUUCACUAAUGAAACUUUGUUGUCAAGAAAGAAACAAUGGAUUCUGGUCCAUGAAGGCAGCACUUAUGACUCACUCUCCGCUACAGAAACAUCACUACCCAUAAUCCUCCUCUGCCGCAUGCGCUCUGCGUCCUCCGGCCCAAGGCGUUGGUGGUUGGUGUCCGUCCGAAGAUGCGUCGCACUCCGGCAGCAUCAGCACCAGCUCUGCCGCGGAAAUAAAGCCAAAAAUCGAGAGUCAGGAGGGAACCAGAGGCGGUGUUUACGGCUCUACGGACGCCGGUGCAUCGGAGCGGCGACAUGGGGGACCAGAAGGAUUCUCUGCGUAAAAUCACCCACACGCUGGCAGUGAAGAAUGAGGAGAUCUCCAACUUCAUCUGCACUCUCAAACAGAACCUGGACAACUUGGAGGCAAACUCCAACCGAGUCCAAGACGACCUGGAGUCUGAGUUCACCUCCCUGCACUCAGUCCUGGACGAGAUGAAAGAAAACAUGGUGACGCGUAUCAAACAGGAGAGAGCCAGUCGUACAUAUGAGCUGCAGAGUCAGCUGAGCGCCUGUUCCAAAGCCCUGGAGAGUUCAGAGGAGCUGCUGGAGCUGGCCAAUCAGACGCUGUGCUCCUCACAGACAGACGGCUUCACUCAGGCGGCCAAAGACAUUAAGGAUAGUGUGACAAUGGCUCCGGCCUUUCGCCUCUCCCUGAAGGCUAAAGCCAGUGAUAACAUGAGUCACCUGAUGGUGGAUUUCAGCCAGGAGAAGGAGAUGUUGCAGGGCCUCAAGUUUCUCCCAGUUCCCGCCACUCCAGAGAUCCAGGUGUCCGAAUGCCAGGUGUGUGAUAACACAGUGACUGUAGUGUGGACUUUACCAGAGCCUGACAGCAAGAUAGACCAUUACAUACUGGAACACAGACGCACAAACCAUGAGGGCCCACCUCGCAUUAGAGAGGACUACCCAUGGAUGGUGGUGGAGGGGAUCCGAGUGUUGGAAUACACAAUCACAGGUCUGCGCUUUGACACACGCUACAUGACGUUCAGAGUGAAGGCGUGUAACAAAGCAGUGGCAGGAGAGUUCUCUGAGCCGGUGACACUGGAAACUCACGCCUUCACCUUCAAACUGGAUUCCUCUUCAUCCCACCAGAACCUGAAGGUGGAGGACCUGAGUGUGGAGUGGGACAGCAGCGGAGGGAAGAUACAGGACAUCCGCAAGGACAAGAACCGAACAAACUCUCCCAUGCACUCGCCAGCCAGGUCCGCCCUGAUGUCGCCGAAGAGAGCACCAACAACCCGGCCCGGCAGAGACAGGUUUACUGCAGAGUCCUACACUGUUCUGGCUGACACUAUGAUCGAUGCGGGCCAGCAGUACUGGGAGGUGCGGUUCGACAAAGAGAGCAAGGCCUUUGCUGUGGGCGUGGCCUUGCGGAGCCUCGGGAAAUUUGACCAGUUGGGGAAAACCGGAGCGUCCUGGUGCAUCCACCUGAACAACUGGCUGCAGCAGAGCCUCACAGCCAAACACAACAACAAGGCUCGCACACUGGACUGCGCCAUCCCAAGCAGUAUAGGAGUCUACUGUAACUAUGAGGAGGGUGUGUUGUCUUUCUAUAACGCCAAAACAAAGCAGCUGAUGCACACCUUUAAAACCAAGUUCCAGCAGCCGGUUAUACCCGCUUUCAUGGUGUGGAACGGUAGUUUUUCAGUGGUGACAGGCCUGCAGGUUCCCAGCGUGGUGCAAAGUGGCCAGAGGAAGAACAGCAACACCAGCAGCUCCAACGCCAGCCUCACAUAGAGCGCCCCGCCCACUCCGCUGGGUGGACGCCCCACUAGCUCUGCCCGGCCACAGUCACGUCGCAGAACGCCACCUCUGCCCCGGCUUGGGUCAAAGCCAUACCAUAGAAGAGUUAAAUCACUGGCGUUUGAUGGUUCGGCCCAUUCCAAGCACAGUGUUUGUGAUGCAUGACAACAGAAAUGUGUUCAGCAACAAGUGAAACGUCCGACUCCUCAGUGACAGAACUCUUCACACGUAUGACUCUGGCUGUCGUGAUUGCUUGGGACGCGUUAGUGUGUUGUACUCGUUUAUUUCUCUACACACACGUUUAGCUCUGUCCCACUGCUGCAAAGAGCAUCCAUUUAGCGCUGGCCGCUGUCAUCCAUGUCCAUCUCUAACUCUGUCAGCCAUACUGUCGUGCAGCCAGGUGAAAGGUCAGCCCUGUGCUGUCUAACUCUGCUCUCUCCCUGUGCCUUCCUUAUCAUUUCCAAACUGAGGCCAACAUGUUUCACUGCAGGAAACGGUCUCCCUAGUUCAAUUUAAAGCAAAGUAUUGUGUUGGUGUCAGUAUAACCCCAUUGUAACUUAGCUAACGUAGUGUCAUUUAUCACCAACUGAGUCUGCCAACAAUAGAUCAACCAAUGUAAUCUGAAUAACAACCUGCUCCUAGACUAUGCUACUGAAUAGAAUGUAGUCGACCACAUAAUCAGGAUUAAUUCUACUGUAAUUCGCCAGCAAAUAGUCGAUCAGCAAAGGAAUGAUCAGCACAUUUUAGAGGUGUUAUACUUUUGAUUCAACUUUUUCAAAGAAUCAACGCAUGCAAUCUUAACAGUAUUCACUAUUUGUCAUAUCACACUUUGGGAGAGUAACAGGGUUGUUUUUGCCUCCAGCUGAGGCCCUGUUUAGUUUUAAAUUAGAACUGAGUUGGAUGUUAGGCUUUAUCUAACAGCCUGCACUGAAAGUUAGAGGGAGUUUUCUUCAGUGUUACUCCAUAUAGUGGAGUUCUAGUGACUUUUGGAUUCAGGAUUUUUGGAAAUGACUGUACUGUAAACAUUUGAUUUACCUGACUGCACCCUAAUGCUUGUAUGUAUAAUAUGUUUGUGUCUCCUCCUGUUACACCACUUUGUCUGUUGAUGAGAGGUCUCAUGAUAAAUAACGGACACAGUCUGUGGUCCACUUGUAACAAAUAACCUCCACCAACCAAUAUAAAAUGACAUUGUGUUUGGUGUCCACCUCUAUGAGCGAUAAAACAACCUGGGAAUAGUUUACUCAUGUUAGAAUCUUCUUUGUGCACCUUUGGGAUGCUUGUAUGUCACAUAUUACCCAUGGUACAGUCUUGCUUUGCCAUGCUGCUCCUUCUGUAUGCACCUCCUAAACACCUGUAGCCUGCAAUGCUUUAAAGAGUCGUCCAGCUGAGAAUUGUGUUAGCUUUAUAUCAAACGCUGACAGAAAGUCACAAUUUAUUGUAAAUAGUUUAAUUUUUCCACUAUAAUGUAUCUGUCAUUGAGGUAAUAAAGGAGUGAGAGCA